UUGCUGUUCUAAACAGCUGACACUGAGGGCCAGCAGCAAGACUAUAAGAACAGGAGGCGCCCGGGCUGGGCAGACGGCAGAACCAGCCGGGCGCAGAGGAGAUGGCUCGCUGUCUGAGCGCCACCUGGAACUGGAGGUCUCGGGGUGUGGUCUUCAUAGCUGCCCAGCUCCUUCGCCUCGGUGCCCUGCUCUCUGAAAUAAUGAACCAGACAGAGGUGGCAGCGUGGACCUAUCAUAUCAGCACUAAGGCCUACUCGUGGAAUGCCUCCCGGGGAUUCUGCCAGAAGUACUACACGGAUCUCGUGGCCAUCCAGAAUAAAGAUGAAAUUGCUUACCUCAACGAGGUCAUUCCUUACUACAGCCAUUACUACUGGAUUGGGAUCCGGAAGAUCAAUAAUAAAUGGACAUGGGUGGGAACCAAUAAGACGCUCACCGAGGAGGCUGAGAACUGGGCCGACCACGAGCCCAACAACAAGAAGAACAACCAGGACUGCGUGGAGAUUUACAUCAAGAGCCCGUCGGCCCCCGGCAGGUGGAACGAUGAGCCAUGCUGGAGGAGGAAGCGGCCGCUGUGCUACACAGGCGUGGAGACCAUCGGGAACUACACCUGCUCCUGCCACCCUGGGUUCUACGGACCAGAAUGUGAAUACGUGAGGGAGUGCGGGGGCCUGGAGCUCCCUCCACAUGUGCUCAUGGACUGCAGCCACCCCCUGGGCAGCUUCUCUUUCAACUCCCGGUGCGGCUUCCACUGCGCCGAAGGCUACACGCUGGACGGGCCCCGCAAGCUGGAGUGCUUGGCCUCGGGAACCUGGACAAAUAAGCCCCCGCAGUGUGUAGCCAUCCUGUGCCCACCCCUGAGGCCUCCGGAGCGAGGACGCAUGAGCUGCCUGCACGGCGCAGAGGGACCCUCACACCAGGCCAGCUGCAGCUUCACCUGUGAGGAGGGGUCUGUGCUGGUGGGGCCAGAGCUGGUGCGGUGCACGGCCUCGGGGGCAUGGACGGGCUCGGCCCCUGUGUGCGAAGCCAUCGCGUGUGAGCCCCCGGAGCGCCCCGCCCACGGCAGCGUGGACUGCUCUCCGUCCUCCAGGGCAUGGCCGUACAACGCCACCUGCCGCUUCCGCUGUGCCGAGGGGUUCAAGCUGCACGGAGCGGACACAGUCCGGUGCGCCGACGCGGGACAGUGGACAGCGCCGGCCCCGCUCUGUCAAGCUCUGCAGUGCCAGGAUCUUCCGGCUCCAAACCACGCCCGGGUGAAGUGCGUCCACCCCUUUGGCGCCUCGAGGUACCAGUCCGCCUGCAGCUUCGCCUGUGCCGAAGGCUUCCUCCUGGUGGGGGCACGCGAGCUCCGGUGCCUGGCCACCGGGACCUGGAGCGCCGCACCCCCCGAGUGCCAAGCCAUCACCUGCACACCUCUGCGAAGCCCGCAGAACGGAACGGUGGCCUGCGCCGGCCCCCUGGGAGACUCCAGCGCCUCUCUCUUCCCCUCUUGCCCUGGCAGCCAUCACCUGCACACCUCUGCGAAGCCCGCAGAACGGAACGGUGGCCUGCGCCGGCCCCCUGGGAGACUCCAGCUAUCAGUCCACAUGCCAGUUCACCUGCAACGAGGGGUUUUCUUUAUCUGGACCCGAAAGGCUGGACUGCACUCUAUCUGGGCGCUGGACGGGUUCCCCACCAACCUGUGGAGGAGGAAGGCCAGGGGUGAGGCCCUGGACCACACCUGUGGGCAGAAGACAGUGGGAGCCUGGGGGGCCCUGGGGACUCUGGAGGCGAAGGUGUACAGAGAAGAGGAUGAGACUCUGCCUUCUGGAGUGGGACUGCUUCACUCUUGUGACUGCUGCCCACCAGGCGGUGACAGUCCGUCUGCGAUGCUCUCUAAGUGCACACAUGUCCUCCCAGGUGCGGCUCCGGCACCCACUGCAGAGGUGCGCUGCCCAGCCCUCGUUGCCCCGGGGCAGGGAGUGAUGUCCUGCCAACACCCCCUGGCAACCUUUGGAUUGAAUAGCACCUGUCACUUUGGAUGCAAAGCGGGAUUCCAGCUCCGGGGAGAGGCUGCUGUCCGGUGCGGACGGUCGGGACGUUGGACAGCAGCCACCCCGGCUUGCAGAGCUGUGCAGUGUUCCGAGCUGCACACUGAGGAGCCGGUGCUGAUGAACUGCUCCAGCCCUUGGGGCCAUUUCAGCUAUGGCGCCACCUGCACCUUCCACUGUCCGGAGGGCCAGUCGCUCAAUGGCUCGGCGGCGGCAGCAUGCGGACCCGACGGCCAGUGGUCAGCGGCCACGCCCACCUGUCAAGCAGGGCCGCUGACCGUCCAGGAAGCCCUGACGUACGUGGGUGGAGCAGUGGCCUCCACAACAGGCUUGGUGAUGGGCGGCACACUCCUCGCUCUGCUCCGGAGGCGUUGCCGACAGAAAGAUGACGGGAAAGACCCUCUGAACCCUCACAGCCACCUGGGGACAUACGGAGUUUUCACAAAUGCUGCAUUUGACCCGAGCCCUUAAGAGACCUGUCCUCUCCUGGUCACCUCACUCCACCUCAGAGGACACCAUUGUUGAGCAUCGGGCUUCCUGCGAGACUUGACGGACUGGAGCGCACCUGCUGGUUUUCUGUAAAUGUUUGUGAAGAAAGGACGAGGCGUUUCCUUUAGACCAGCUCUGGGCCAGAGCAGAAGAAACGGACUCUCCACGCACCGCCUUCCUGCCCCCUCUCCGGGCCGCGUGCUGCUGCCGGCUGUCGCUGGAAUAUGAAUUAGCCAAAGCUCGGAGCCUCUGAGCCACCAGAAGACCAGACUUCAGAGAAAGAAGAAUGGCUCCUUAGUUCUGGACUGGAGGGAGGCCUCCGGGACUUUCUGGAAGGAGCCGGCGCCUCUGCCUGGAGGGGUUUCUGUAAGGCCUCUGGGUCCCCAGAGCAGUGCUUAUGACCCGCCUAGACCUCUGCUGCAGAGGCAUCCAGAGCGGCGUCCAGGGCAACCAGAGGCUGCAGACGACCAACGGAGAACUGAUUGAGAACCAGGACAGGACGGACAUGUCACUGUGAUGGUCCCUCCAAGGUCACUUUCCCCCAAAGAUCCAUAUUCAAAGGUGUCAUUAAAAGGUUUCCCCCAAAUGCCA